UACCAUGGCCAGGGUCAAAAAGAGCAGGAGGGAUGGUGCAGCCCAUCAACUUCAUCUUCAGAUACUUGCAAAAUAGAUCUCGGAUUCAGGUGUGGCUUUAUGAGCGAGUGAAUAUGCAGAUAGAGGGCUGUAUCAUUGGUUUUGAUGAGGUUAUGAACUUCAUAUUAGAUGAUGCAGAAGAGAGUCAUUCUAAAACAAAGUCAAGGAUACAACUAGAUCGGAUCAUGCCAAAAGGAGAUAAUAUUACUCUGCUACAAAGUGUCUCCAACCAGAAAUGA